UUUAGAUUCAGAUCUUCGAACUUCAACAUGGAGAAGCAACAACCCACGGUGGCAUUCUUUGGAGCGACGGGCGGGUGUUUGAACGCAUGCCUGGCCUUGGCGCUGCAGGCCGGCUACCACUGCACCGCAUUGGCUCGCACGCCUUCCAAACUUCACGACCUCCUUCAUCAGCACAAUGUCUCCGACUCCGCCAUCGAAGACUAUCUCACCAUCACGCAGGGCAAUGUGACCGAUAUCCAGGCUGUCCAACAGACCCUGCAUCACAAUGGCCGCCCCGUGGACUUGAUCAUCUCCGGCAUCGGCGGCAAGCCCCGCUUCGAUUGUGUCUUUAAACCCACCCUCGACAAUCCCACCGUCUGUCAAGACGCCACCCGGACCAUCCUUGCCGCCGCCCAGUCAUCCUCGCGCAAGCCCCGGCUAGUCGCCAUCAGCACCACCGGCCUGAGUAACAAGCGUGACAUACCCGUGAUGAUGAUGCCUUUGUACCACUGGCUGUUGAAGGUGCCCCACGAGGACAAGAAGGUGAUGGAGGGCCAGAUUGUGGCCGAGAUGGAGAAACCGGUGGCAGAACGGGCGAUUGACAACUAUCUGCUCGUCCGGCCCUCCUUGUUGGUGGACGGCAACGGCGACGGGCUGGCCAAGAUCAAGACCGGCACCGACACAAACCCGGCGAUCGGCUAUGUGAUCUGUCGCCGGGAUGUAGGUCUUUGGAUCUUCGAGAAUGCGAUUCGGAGAGCGUCCGACAGUCCUUCUUGGGGGCAGAUAGUGACUCUCACGGUUUGAGCAGUUGGCAGGAUGUGGCGUUUUGAAAUCGGAGGCACGGGCGCAAGGAGUGUACAUCGUCAUU